CCUUUCACGGAACAGAGCUAUUUAACCCCCACCUCUCGCUGUAUCCACUCCGCUUCAAAUCUUACUUGAAAAUUCCUUAUUUUCAGAAAUUUAAUAAUACAUUCCAAAUAUUUUUUUUGCGGACAAAACUCAUUAGUUUGUUUAAUCACAACUAUAAUCUUCUGCUUCUGCUUUGCAUCAUGGCUUCUGUCGCAAACACAUUACUUUCUCUGCCCCCCUCACUCUGUUUUAAUUCUAAUUCUAAUUCUAAUAAUAAUCAGUCACCGCCACCUUCUCUUUUUGUUUCCAAGGCUCCCAGAUCAAAGCGUUGUCGUUUUCACUCCUCCGCGGGAUCACCUAACCGUUCUUCUGUAACCGUUUCCUUGUCUACUGUGGCAAACUCUGUUCCGGCGAGAAGUAAGAUCCAUACAGUUGGUGAUUUUAUGACCAAAAGAGAGGAUUUACAUGUGUUUAAAGCCAACACAACUGUUGAUGAAGCAUUGGAGGCUCUUGUGGAGAAGAGAAUAACGGGGUUUCCUGUCAUUGAUGAUAACUGGAAAUUGGUUGGUGUUGUUUCUGAUUAUGACCUGUUAGUGCUCGGUUCUAUUUCAGGCAGCUGUCAGAAUGACACAAACUUGUUUCCUAAUGUUGAUAGUUCUUGGAAGACUUUCAAUGAGUUACAGAAACUGCUAAUCAAGAACAACGGCAAAGUUGUUGGUGAUUUGAUGACACCCAAUCCUCUAGUCGUUUAUGAAACCACCAAUCUAGAGGAUGCUGUUAGGUUGCUGCUUGAAACAAAGUAUCGGCGACUCCCAGUGGUAGAUAACGAUGGAAAGCUGGUUGGAAUCAUUACUCGGGGAGACAUUGUUAGAGCUUCUCAACAGAUAAAAAGCUCCACCGAAAGAUCAACAUGAAUUCCUGUAUCAUUGAAGGAUUAUGAUUUCUGGAGUCUACAUUGAUAUUGCAGCUCUCUCUUUUUUCAACAUGAAUGUCACGCAGUUCAUUAUUCCGGGUACACUCAGAGGGAAGCUUAUCAAUCUCCUGUUCUAAAAGCCUUCUCUGCAAUAAAUUGUAUUUUUAGCGAGGUUCGAACUUUGAUUUCUAGUUAAAUGUUACAUAUAGGCUUUGGUAAUUAUGAAAUAUUGAUGAGUGGUUUGGCAGUAGUCUCCAAUGCCAAGUUUUUGUACAAGUAGCAUUCUUGUUGCUAGCAGAUUUCCUACUGCAAAUAUAUGAAAGUGCCAAUUAUUUUGACCUU